UCUCUCUCCCCUGCUUUUCCCUGUGUGUGCGCGCGCGCGUUUGCAUAUUAUUGCAGAGUUGCUUUGCUCUCUCUUCAUUUUAAUGGCGUGAGCGUUACACGGUGACUGACCGCUUGUCUUCCCACCCCUAAACAACCCUUCCUUAUCAAAACCCAUCUCUCCAAAUUCACCGUCUUCCUCCCCUAAACCCCCCACUACCAAAUCAAAAAUUCCAUCAAUCAAUGAAUUUCUUCAUUCCUCUCUUCUAUUACUCUUUCAGGUUGUGAUCUCUUGAUCAUAUAUACACAUUCUUUAGCAUCUCUACAUUGAUAUCUGAUUUGGGUUUUGGGUCUUGGGUCUCUACUCUUUUUAUUUUUUUAUUUUUUUUGUGUGUGUGUGUGUCUCUCUGUUUACCUCUGUAUACAUAUCUAUAUUGGUUUGUUUGUGAUGUUUAAUGUAAAAAAAGGUGAGAAGGAAAAGAGGGUUGUGGGGGACAUGAGGGAUGAUACAGAGCUUGAAAUGUUGUUGAGUGAGAUCCCUCUUAUGACUUCUCUUGAUCACCAUUUUCAUCUUCAAAACAAUCAUCACCACAUGUUUAUGAGUGCUUCACCUAAUAGUUCAAGUCAUUUCUCUGGUGGGUUUUCUUCUUCAGAGGAUGGGUUUUCACCUUCCAUAGCUCAAAUGGACCAAACUAUGUAUCAAACACCGAGUACCCAUUGCUUGGAUUAUCUAGUUGUCAAGAACUCCAAUGAUUAUAUGUUGGAUGAACUUGGUUUGUGUGAAAAUCUUCGUAGAAUGAAUGUUGGGGAGGCAAAUGGGGAUUAUUCCAAGGUUAGGCAAUUCGGGUUGGACUCGGAUGGGUUUGGGUUCGGUGAACGUUCUUUAGAUGGGAAUAUUCCUUGUAGUUUUGACAAUUUUUCGACAUUUGAAGGUUUUGGCAGUAAUUUUCAUGGCUAUGAGGGGUUUCAGUCAUCAAUUCCCAGAAAUUCUUUGAGUUUUAAUGAUGAUAUGAAGGCGAAAUUACUUGGGUGGAGGCAGGGAUAUAAUGCUGGUAAUUUAAUGGGGUCUCAUCUUGCACACAAUCACUCCAAUGCAUUGUAUUCUGAACCAAGUUGCUACACAGACAUCAGGGGACUUCAAUUACAUAACCCAUUUCUGAAUAGGCCUUAUCUGAAUGAUGAAUUGGGUUGUUCAUGGAAAAAUGGGAUGGAUUUGAGUGGAGAUAAGAGUUUCUUGAAUCCCGUAAACUCGUCUCAGUUGGUGUAUCCUAAUCUGGCUUUGGGUGUUGGAAAUCCAAUAUGUAAUAAUAGUUCGAUGUUAAAAGAAAAGACUAGAGUAGUCCCAAAUGGCAGUCUCUCCCCUCUUUUGUCAAUGACCGAUUCAAGAGAUGUUGAAGCUUUUAGCUGUGAGGAUAGCUUCAUUAUUCAAGGAAAGAAUUUGAAAUACGUUGUUGACAAGGGAUGUGAUCGUUCAAAAGGUCAAAAGAAGUCCCCCAAUGAAAUUGCAAUGCAAAAUUUGAGAGAAAAAAGACAAAAUCUGCAUGCUCAAUCACAAUUUCAAGGAAUUUGUGAGAAUAGUGUGAGCCAAAGGAGUUAUAGUCCAAUGGUUUUGCAGCCAACAUGUAGUUCACUGGUUAAGGUCCAGGGUUAUAUAUACUUCAUGGCGAAGGAUCAGCGUGGUUGUCGGUUUUUGCAAAGGAUAUUUGAUGAGGGAACCUGUCAAGAUGUUCAGAUAAUAUUUAAUGAAAUUAUCGAUCAUGUUGUUGAACUUAUGAUGAACCCAUUUGGAAAUUACCUUAUGCAGAAAUUAUUGGAAGUCUGUAGUGAAGAACAGAGACUGCAGAUUGUUCUCAUGGUGACUGAAGAACCUGGAGACCUUGUUAGAAUUUCUUUGAACACACAUGGUACUCGUGUGGUGCAGAAGUUGAUUGAAUCUCUCAAAACCAGGCAGCAGAUUUCAUUAGUGGUAUUAGCUCUUCAACCAGGUUUUCUUAAUCUUAUUAAGGACCUCAAUGGAAAUCAUGUCAUACAACGCUGCUUAGAAUGCCUUAACAAGGAAGAUAAUAAGUUUAUAUUUGAUGCUGCUGCAAAGUUCUGUGUUGAUAUUGCAACUCAUCAGCAUGGAUGUUGUGUUCUGAAUCGAUGCAUUGAUAAGUCAGUUGGGAAAUAUCAGGAAAAGUUGGUUGCAGCAAUUGCUGCUAAUGGGCUUCUUCUUGCUCAAGAUGCUUUUGGAAAUUAUGUUGUCCAAUACGUUAUACAGGAGAUCCCUUUAGCUGCUGCCGGCUUGAUUUCUCAGUUUGAAGGGCACUAUGUGCACCUCUCGAUGCAAAAAUUCAGCAGUCAUGUUGUUGAAAAAUGCCUCAAACAUUUUGAAGAGAGCCGUCCAAGAAUCAUCCAUGAAUUGCUUUCAGUGCCUCACUUUGAACAGUUGCUGCAAGACCCUUUUGCCAACUAUGUCAUUCAAUCUGCACUUGAAGUUAGCAAGGGCACUCUCCAUGCUUCAUUAGUCCAUGCAGUUCGGCCUCACACCAUCCUACGCACCAGUCCAUAUUGCAAGAAGAUUUUCUCGCGCAACCUCUUGAAGAAGUGAUUUUCAUUGGCCUGUGGCAAGAAGUGUUGUGUUCACCCCAAGAGCACUACCGUGUUCACUAAUAAUAACUACUCGUAUCUAUCAUAGGGCUGCCGUUUCUAGAUUAUCUAACUGUUAGAAUUUGGUGCUGAUCUACCAUGAUCAUUGUGGCUUUUGCUGCACUGAUUGAGUGUAAAAAAGCAAGUUUUGCUACCCCGUCUACUUGAAUUGUGGAGAUGAGUUGUAAUAUUCUGUUGUCUUGUUGAUCUAUUACUCUUAAUGUACAAGGUUGUAAAGGAUCGCAGCGGUGAGUUUUUGCUUCUACUUGUCUAAAUGCGACGAUGCCUUGAUAACUUUAUAGAUAAUAUUUCUGUUUCUUCC